UGACGUAACACGUCGCGACGUUGAGGGCAGACUGUUACCACAGUAAAGAUGGCGGCGGCCUACACCAGCUUCAAUCUCCAUAUGACCCCUGAGAAGUUCUUCAUUGAGGCCUGCGAUGAGGGAGCCGGUGAUGUGCUGGCCAUCGAUAGGGUUUCCACUGAGAUGACCCUCACAGUGAAGAAAGAUGUCCCCCCCUCUGCUGUCACUCGUCCCAUUGUUGGAGUCAUGGGAACCAUCCAUCUGGUGGCAGGAAUGUACCUCAUUAUCAUCACCAAGAAGAAGAAGGUGGGCGACCUGCUUGGACACACGAUUUGGAAGGCCACAGAUUUCGACAUCAUCUCCUACAAAAAGACGAUGCUACACCUGACAGACAGCCAGAUGCAAGACAACAAGGCCUUCCUGUCCAUGCUGAACAACAUGAUGACCAUGGACGGCUUCUACUUCAGCUCCGAUUAUGACCUGACCCACAGCUUGCAGAGGCUGGCCAACACCAGCCCGGAGUUCCAGGACAUGAGCCUGCUGGAGAGGGCUGAUCAGAGGUUUGUAUGGAAUGGACACCUGCUGAGAGAAUUUAUCGCACAACCUGAGCUGCACAAGUUUUCUUACCCUGUCCUUCAUGGAUUCAUCAAUGUGAAGUCCGGUUGCAUCAAUGGGAAGGUCUUCGACUGGGUCCUCAUUUCCCGUAGAAGCUGCUUCCGGGCUGGAGUCCGCUACUACGUGCGAGGAAUUGACUCAGAGGGUCACGCUGCCAACUUUAUAGAGACAGAACAGAUUGUUCAGUACAAUGGAGGAAAAGCCUCAUUUGUGCAGACCCGAGGCUCUAUUCCUUUCUUUUGGUCUCAGAGGCCAAACCUGAAGUACAAACCCAAACCACAGAUCAGCAAAACCACCAGCCAUUUGGAUGGCUUCCAGAGGCAUUUCGACUCCCAGGUCAUCCUCUACGGCAAACAAGUGAUUCUGAACCUGGUGAAUCAGAAAGGGUCGGAGAAGCCAUUGGAACAGGCCUUCGCCAAGAUGGCUUCCAGUGUGGCCAAUGGGAUGGUCAGAUAUGUAGCCUUCGAUUUCCACAAGGAGUGCAGCCAGAUGAGGUGGGACCGGCUCCAGAUACUGGUGGACAACGUGUCUGAGAUGCAGGAUGAGUUUGGCUACUUCCUGGUGGACCCUGAGGGCGUGGUGCUCACGCAGCAGGAGGGCACGUUUCGCAGUAACUGCAUGGACUGCCUGGACCGCACCAACGUCAUCCAGAGCCUGCUGGCACGCCGCUCACUGCAGUCGCAGUUGCAGAGGCUGGGCGUUCUUCAUGUGGGCCAGAGGAUUGAGGAGCAGGCAGACUUUGAGAAGAUAUACAAGAACGCCUGGGCUGACAACGCCAAUGCCUGUGCCAAGCAGUAUGCUGGAACUGGGGCCUUGAAGACUGACUUCACAAGGACAGGGAAGAGGACAUACUGGGGGCUUUUAAUGGAUGGCUGGAACUCCAUGAUCAGAUACUACAAGAACAACUUCUCUGAUGGCUUCAGACAGGACUCUAUCGAUCUGUUCCUGGGGAACUACAUGGUGGACGAGGUGGACAUGUCCACACCCCUUCAAGUCCAGAGGGACUGGAAAUUCCUGACGCUGCCUGUCAUCAUGGUGGUGGCCUUCUCCAUGUGCAUCAUCUGUCUGCUCAUGGCCGGUGACACGUGGACGGAAACCUUGGCAUAUGUGCUCUUCUGGGGCACGGCCAGCAUCACCACGGGGGGCGUCAUCCUCAUCAACGGUCGGGAGUUUGUGGACGCGCCACGGCUGGUGCAGAAAGAGAAGAUGGACUGAAUGUGCACGUGUGGAAAGCGGCCGAGAGUGGCAGACUCCUCCUUCGCCUCCCCGCUCUCCUCCUCUUCCUCCCAGCUGAGCCGGGGCUGGAGCCUGUACUGAUGGCAGUGGGGGGGGAGGGGUCCGUGGCCCGGAGAGGUCUACCCGGACCUGCCGCUAUCCACACCCCACGUGUGGAGGGAACGUGGCAUCCUCCAGCUCUCUCCUCUGCCCUCCCAUGGACAGGGAGCACGAAUCUGAGACCAUCUGCCACCACCGGGGGGCUGUGACCUUCUUGUGAUCAACGUCUGCCAACGAAUAAGUCCAAAUAUCUGUGUUUUCCUGGGAGUGGGUGUUUUUCAGGCCUUCAGAAACGCUUGUCGUGGUUCUAGCAACAGAAUAUUUCUUUCUAUGAAAAUCUGAAGGCUUUGAGCACUAUAUCCCCCCCCUUCACCUGUACAUGCUUCCAUGCUUAAUAUUCACUCCCUGUUUAGGUCCUGUAUUCUCUCUGAUAUACAGAGGAAAACUCAGCUUAUUCCCAUACUUAUGAAUGAUUUGAAUUUGAGUUAUGAAUUACAGUCAUUAAACCAAUGAAUGACUUAUACAAGUACAUUGGCUUAUAUCAGACCUAUUUUAAUCUUCCUGUUGCCGGGAGUUCAGCCUUAAUACGCAGCCCUUUGUGAUGGAUCUGUAUGAGGAAGACUGAGGGGCUCAUUAGGAACGUCACACUCGCUGGGUGUGGUUUCAUUGCUCCUUGUUUUUUCCCAUGAGGCAGGACCAGCCGGCCCAGGAGCAGAUUGCAAGUUAGUGUGCCAUCGUCAGCAAUCCUCUCACUUGCAUCCUGUUUGUUUUAAUACUCAGAUCAUCUAGUGGCAGGUUUGCUGGGUUCGGGGGUGAGGCUGAGCAUAAUGGGUGAAUGGUUUGUAUAUAGUGUAACACGUUAUACAGUAUUUCUCAUUCUGUUACUGGCUAUCAGAAUGACUUCAGCCUAUCAGAGAAUGUGAUGAUCUGUUGCUAUGACUGACUGUAAUUAAUGUUGUUGCACCAGUUACACAUAUAGUGCCAGUGAAUGUCUCUGUAAAAGUAAAUCUUUGACCCCGGGCAGAACAUGUGCUGGAUUCUGUUUAUUAUUUUUUUUCUUUUACUGAAUUUUAACUUUUGUUGUAAACAUUUACCUUGGUAAAUAACUAAAGAGGUGUCAGUUUGGGGAACUACUUUGUAGAAGCAUGGAUUCCAUGCCAGACUGUAAGGGUUUGCUCACUCGUGUGUGUGUGUCUGUCUGUCUGUCUGUCUGUCUGUCUGUCUGUCUGUGUGUGUGUGUGUGUGUGUGUGUGUGUGAGUGAGAGUGAGAGUGAGAGAGAAUGUACACAUUUCCUUGGUUUGGUUGUACAUAGUAGAUGUCUUGCUAUUUCUGUGUGAGUUACAUGCUCUGGUAGCACUUUACUUAAAGCUGUCAUCAUAAUGCAUUAUCAAUACCUUCAUAAAGCAUUAUAAACACAGGCAUAAAUAUUUAUAAAAACACAAUACAUUAUAGCCAUCUUUUUUAUGCAUUGGGAAUGCCUUAUGAAGCCCUCAUCUAUAAUGCACUAUACCUUCAUAAUGCAUUAUAAUGGUCAGUAUUAAGGAUGUUUUGUACUACAUUAUAAAGGUGUCUAUAGUGCAUUAUAGAUGAGAGCUUCAUCGAGAAUUCAUAAUGCACAAUAAACAUGGCUAUAAUGUGUUAUGCCUUUUUAUUAAUAGUUUUAGCCAUGUUUAUAAUAUAUUAUAAUGCAUUAUACAUGACUGCUUUAAGUAAAGUUACCAAAGCUCUUCUAAUCGGUGAGAAGUUCUGCUCUAAGCCAAAUUGAAGAAAGCCACAUGCCAUUCCUGUAACUUCCUAAGAAGCCCAACAGGCACAUUGAAAAUAUAGCACUGUCUCCAUAUGUGUGGCUGCUGUCCAUGUACCGUGGCAUGAUACUCAUGGUAGGGAGCAGUUUUGUUUCUUCAAGGGUUCCAUUAUCUCUUCUAGAAGAAAUGCCAUUUUAUUUUUUGUUACCUUGUAUGAAUGUGUUCAUGCUACAUAAAAUGAUGGUUCAGAUGAAUAAUGUACGCAGGACUGUUGCGUGAUUUUUGGUCAUUUCCCCUUCUUCUGUUUAGCUGGAAUGUUCUAUUUUCCAAUAACUUUGUAAUAAAAGCCGUUAUAAAAAAUA